AUGCUGCGACCGAAGAAUACCACCUGUUUGUUUUGCUCCUUCAAGACAUCACGGCAGCACACUAUCUCUCGACAAUGGACGACCCAGCAGACCGCGAAUGUGAGCACUCAAUAUGCCAGCCGACCUGGUCGCAUGAGCCUAGCAAAGGCACGAGCCGUUAAUACUCCUGAACUGAGAGCAGGUGAGGCAGGACGACCGGGGAGGAGGAAACAAGACGGUCCUUUUGGUGGAAUGAAUUUGAGGGAGGCGAAGAUUCGUGGAUUACCAGAGCGUUCAGAUGCACUAAAGGAAUGGUCAAAAGACUGGAGAGAAAGGGGAUCUCGGUCGGGUAGCAGGCAUUCGAAGGACGAUCCACGAGCUGGAGGCUUUAAAGCAUUGAAGAUGCAAAGGGCGUUGGCACCGGUGUCGUACAACUCUCGAAUGAGAGUCAAAGAGACUAUGCGCCAAAUCGAGACCUUUGAUCAUUUUCCCUUGCUGGAAACUGUCAAGGCUUCGAUAUCAACACAAGCACUACCUGGGAUGGAGAAUAUCAGCCCCACGCCAGUACAGAGAAUUGCAAUUCCAGCAUUAUUAGGGAGUGAAUCUACGGUUAGAAGGAGUAAAGCAAAAGAUAUCGAGAAGAAAGAAUUUCUGCUCGCGGCCGAGACAGGUUCUGGGAAAACACUGGCAUAUCUUGUACCCGUUAUCAAUGCCGUUAAAUUGGCAGAAGCUCAAGAUCCUAAUAUCCAAGCAUACAAUGCGGCAGUGGAAGAGGAACGGACAAGGGGAAAAAAGGGACCCUCCUCAGCGCCUUCCAUGGCAGAUAUGCCACAUCCUACAAUGGCACGACCUCGAGCAAUAAUACUCGUACCGACUUCCGAAUUGGUGGCCCAAGUGGGUAAGGUGAUCAAAGCUUUCUCUCAUACGGUGAAAUACCGUUCAGCUAUGAUAUCGUCUGCUCUCAGUGGCACAGUUAUACGAAAUCGUCUGUUUACGCCAAAAGGAAUUGAUAUCUUGGUGGCUACCCCCCAUCUAUUAUCUGCAGUUGCUGAUUCAGACCCGAAUAUUCUGUCCAGAGUCACGCAUUUGGUUGUGGAUGAAGCCGAUUCUUUACUUGAUCGCGGAUUUUCUCCAUUGACAUCAGCUAUCAUCGAUCGAGCAAGUCCAUCUUUGAAGCAACUCAUACUGUGUUCGGCCACCAUUCCACGAAGCAUGGAUAAUUAUCUACGAAUAAGAUUCCCAGAUAUCCGGCGCCUAGUUACACCAAAUCUUCAUGCUAUCCCUCGUCGUGUACAGCUCGGUGUUAUUGACAUUGAACGUGAUCCCUACAGGGGAAACAAAAAUCUGGCUUGUGCUGACACAAUCUGGGGCAUCGGAAAAGCAGCCGCUGAUCAAGAUAGCCCAGUCAAGGGUCAAAUGGACGUCAAGCGCAUUCUAGUAUUCGUCAAUGAACGUGAAACUACUCAAGAAGUCGCCGAUUAUCUCGUUUCCAAAGGUAUCGAUGCAAUCGCUCUAAGUAGAGAUACUCCUGAACAACGACAAGCGGAGAUGCUUGCAACAUUUACACUCUCGACUCCCUUGACGGUCCCAAAAAUAGAGUCUCAUCCUGGUUUCCUUUCCGAUAACCAACCCAAUUACGUGCCGUUCGGAAGUGUUGCACCGCCAGUUAAGAGACGCCUUCCUAACACCAAGGUUCUGGUGACCACGGAUUUGGGGUCGAGAGGUAUCGAUACUCUUGCUGUCAGACAUGUCAUUCUGUAUGAUGUUCCACACUCUACAAUUGAUUUUAUUCAUAGACUUGGACGAACGGGACGGAUGGGAAGGAGAGGGAGGGGUAUUGUGUUGGUUGGGAAGAACGAUAGAAGGGAUGUGGUUGCUGAGGUUAGGGAUGGAAUGUAUAAAGGACAGGCUCUUAUUUAG